AUGGCCAUUUCAAACACGAAUCUGCACAACUACAACCACGAGCUCGUGCAGUGCAUUGACGACCUCAAAAGGAAGCGGGAUGAAGUCAACCGACAGAUAGAGGAGGAGGAGCAAGACAAGGAGAAGAUACAGAGGGAGAUCGAGCUGUUACAAGAACGCCUGCAACGUAUCAAGGAGAGUCUGGCUCGCAAGAUUCACGCGCGCUGCGAGUACGAUAAGACGAUUCAGGAGACAGAGGGAGCUUAUACCAAGAUCCUGGAGUCCGCUCAGACGCUGCUCCAUGUUCUCAAAAGAGAAUCCGUGCACCUCAAUCGCCGCACAGCCAUACCGGAUUCUCUACCCGUAUCUCAAACAACCCGCAGCCCAGGACCGCCAGGAAAUGCCGCCAGGGUUCCUCUUCAAGGAGCGCGAGGUCUCAGUUCCUCAGCUCCACAUGAAUAG